AUGGCCAGAUUAGGGUGCAUUCUGCUGGUCCAUGCUUACGAGCCUCUUCAAGGUCAUUUCAUGCUGACGAGACCCAAAGCUGCAGGCAUGAACAAAGAGGAACAGAACACUGUGAUUAGUAUAUGUAAGAAUGUUACAGAUUUGUCGUCUUCGUGUGAAAUCACGUUGGAGGUGAAGAGAGGCACAACGCAGAGAGUGGUCCCAGGACAACAUGUGACAGUCAGCUGUCCUGGCAAACACUGUGGAAAGUCAUUAAAUGUCACGUGGUGCAAGGUCUCAAACACAAUCUGUGAACGAAUUCGUCAAACAGAGAAUAUAGAAAUCAGUCAAAAUUAUGGGAAAGAUGAGCUGAUCUCAUUUUUGAGUUUUAAGCACAUUUCCAUUAUUGAUGAUGGCUUAUACAAAUGUAAAAUAUUGGGAAAUAAAGAUAAAGUUGUCGGUCAUUCCAUCAACAUCUCAGUUUCAGAUCGAAACCAAGGAGCUAAAAAUGAUGACAACGUGGCUGCUGCCUCACGUAGUAGUGGCGAUGAUGAUGAUGGUGACGAUGAAAAGCCUGACUCCUGGUUGCCGUACUUUUAUAUAUGUUCUAUCAUUCUGCUUCUAGUUGCCACAGUGACUGUGUUAACUCUCCUGCACUUCUUUGGCUGGAAACGAACAUGGACCCCUAACUACCCAGAGCACGAGAAAAGUUCUACACAUAUGAUACCAAACAUCCCCCAGACAAGCACCCCGACUUCUCCUGUCCUGCAAACCCACCUCUCUGUUUUGAAAGAGAUCUAUGGUUCAAGUUUAGCAGAAACAACCACAUCAUCACUUUCCUCUCCUCCCACUGAGAACCAGCCACCGAUUGCAAACACAACAGCUAAAGGUCAAGCAUCUAACAGUCCAGUAUAUGCUGUCAUCAACCACCAGCAACGUGGGACAUCAUCGGCCAGGAAACAACCUGCCAUGGAUAAAAAGGAGGAUGACCUUAAAUAUGCUGUUGUUAAUUUGCCCUGA